GGGGUCGCGGAUGAACACUGUGUUCUGCGACCCUGUGAAAGCGGGACGAGUACAUGUAGACUUGGGAUGUCUCUUCUUCUUUGCUGCUGAAACUGUCCUAGAGAGGUUGGAAGUUGGGAAGAGAUGCUCGUAGUUUCUUCCUGGAUCGUGCAUAAGCUUAAGGUGACGGACGAGGAUAAGAGUCAAGAGGCUGGCAACAAACCUUCCUGUCCAGACGCAGACCGUGGAACAUCGGACCAUGUCAAAAAGAGGGGAGAUGAAGAAACACUUUUGUCCGCACUGUAAGUAUAGAACGGGGAAUGCGGCACACUUGAAAGAUCACAUCAGGACUCAUACCGGUGAGAGACCAUACCAGUGCCAGCAUUGUGACUAUUCUGCAUCACAAAAGAGCCGCCUGAAAAUGCACAUUAUUGCUAUACACACCGAUGAGAAAGCAGCAUACGGACGUGGACGCAGUGAGCGUUCGACAGCAUGCAAACGUGAACGUGUCCGGACCGAACACACUGGUGGUGUGAGACAACAUGCGCAUCGUUGCGAUCUUUGUAACUAUUCUACCACAUACAAGGCGCAUCUGAAGCGCCACAUUGCGGCGAAACACAGUAACUACAGGCCGCACAAAUGUCCAACAUGUGAUUUUGCUGCGGUGGACAAAACAUGUCUGAAAAAUCACGUAGCUACCCAUUCUAUUGAGAGACCAUACAGCUGUGAGAUUUGUGAUUACUCUGCAAAAACAAAGGAUCAUUUGAGACAGCACAUGACCACGCAUGCUGUCGAAAAGCCUUACAAAUGUGACGCCUGUAGUUAUUCUUCUGCGCAAUUGUCGAAUUUGAAACGCCACAUGGCUAAGCACACCGGUGAGAAACCUUACAAAUGUGACAUUUGUGGGUAUGGUACAGCAGAUAUGUCAAAUUUGAAACGGCACAUCAUGGGCCAACACGCUGGUGAGAAACCUUACAAAUGUGACAUUUGUGGGUACAGUGCAGCACAAAGGUCAAAUUUAAAGCUUCACAUUAAGGCUAAACACUCAGACGAGAGGUCCUACAAAUGUAAAGUUUACGGUUAUGCUACUUCACGAAUUACCACACAUACUGGCGAGAAACCUUACAAAUGUGACAUUUGUGGGCACGGUACUGCAUAUUUGUCAAAUUUGAAGCGGCAUGUAAUGGACAAACACUCUGCCGAGAAGUCCUACAAGUGUGACACUUGUGGCUAUGCCACUUCACGAAUGUCUGAUUUAAAGAAGCACAUCGCCACACACACUGGCGAAAAACCUUACAAAUCUUGA